CCAGUCAAACUCCAUCCAUAUUUACCUGCUUCUGCUGCUACUAAACUAGGACUAGCCAUCUCAAGAGGAUAAACUAAUUUUAGUUGCAGCACGACAGGAAAACCGCAAAUGCAAAUGUGAUCACAAUAAUGGAGAACUGCUAACGAGAAACAGUGGGUUCAAGUGCGCGCGGUUGGUGGUCUGUUUCCGCGGAUCGAAAAUAAUCAGUGUUUUGUGUUGGAUGUGCGAUUGUCGAAAGGUUGACGACCCCGGCCAAGACGUCGCCAUUAGAUGAAUGAAAAUUAUCCAUACGAUGUGUGAAAAACUAUUAGCGUGUUUGAUGAAGAACACCAUCAGCAGGAAGAUCAAACUCACUAAAAAUAAUAACAACAACAGCUAGCAAGUGACCAUAAGUUGAGUGAGGAGUGACAAGGAAGAAAAGGAAGAACAAAAUCAUAAGAAGAGGGCGCCUGUGAAUGACGACGACGACGGCGACGACUGGUUUUGCAAGUUAGUUGAAGCAAGAAAGAACAGUCGCGAAGUGGUGUUCGUGCGAGAUGUUCAUCGGUGGACGACCGACAGCAGCAGUGCGAAAUAUAUCUACCUACUGAAUCUGUAAGCUCAUAGUGAACGGCACCUUUGUGUGUCAGAAAAGUGGACCCCUUUUUCAUCCCUGUGACGAUUCGAUAGUGCUGAAAAUUGGGGAUAAAUACGGCGGUGGGUCAAUAGGUCCUUUCCAGUGCAUCCUUCUUUGCAGGUGACGAGUAUUUGACUUCCUGCGGAAUCGAAUAAUCGAAAGGGUGUUGAGGGUUUGCCCUUUUUGUUGGACCAGACCAGCAGUCCCAGGUGGUGUCCGGGGAAGUGAAAUAGGGUUCGACCUCGCCACUAGGAUGUGAAUCUAGUUGCGUCCGGAUUUUUCGGUCCUGUAAAUCCGUCGUCGUGAAGUAGAGUCGCAAAAUCUUAUCGGGUGGUGUUUUUCUUCGUCCGAGCUGAUUUAUUUUUUGUUCGUGUUUUUUUUUUCGCUAUUGCGUGUGUGUGCACAAAGCUGUUUCGAUUCGAGUUCGAGAAGAGUGUGGGAUUUCCUGCUAAAUCAGUGCACAAGGGAGAAGAACGAGCUAAGGCAAAUCUCGAGUCUUGAGUGGUAGUGCCAGUGGAAGUUCUUUGUAGUCUGUGCCGUGCUGCUCGUUCAGGAGCGUGCGGAAAGCCCCUCAGGGAAGUGCAGUUAAGGACGGAAACGACAACGGGGACGAAGUGGGAGCCUUGCUAGGAAACGAUAGCCCUCGAAACAUUCAUGAGAAGAGAUGGGAAUAAAGGCCAGCACAGCAAAUGGUGGACAGUCCAGUCCUAGAGCUAGAACCUUUUCCACCAGCAGCAGUUCGGAUGUGGUGUCCGCCGGUGCAGGAGCGCCGUAUGAAAUAUCCUCCGCCAGUCCGGAAACCGACAGUAGCUCCGCAGAGGAAAAUGCCGCGGCGAGUGCCGCUUCACUAGCGCUAGGUAGGGUCUACGCGGCCACAUCCUUGCCGGCACACAUCUGGUCAUUAAAUGGCAUCAAAUGUCCAGUGUGCAGCAAGUUUGUCAUGCCCGACGACAUAGAGUGUCAUUUAGUAAUGUGCCUAACGAAACCUCGUUUGUCUUACAAUGAGGACUGCUUAACGGAUGCCAAGGGUGAAUGUGUUAUAUGUUUAGAAGAUUUAUGUCCCGGUGAUAUCAUUGCUAGAUUACCAUGCUUAUGCAUCUAUCAUAAAGGAUGUAUCGACAAAUGGUUCGAGGUGAAUCGCAGCUGUCCGGAACAUCCGGGUGACUAGUGAAGCUAAUUCGGUUCGCGUCACGUUCGGUUUCCUGUUUCAUUUUGUACUAGCAGUGAACGGAGAAGCUACGGAAGUUAGGAACGGGUUACCCAAGUUGCGACGUGGUGUAGCGCAAGCGAACGAGACGAGUCUACACUAGUGGUUAGUAGUCAUAGUUGUAGUAGUAAUUAAACAAUUGAAACACAUUGCGAGAAAUGAACAAUUCGAGCAACUGUGGAGUGAUGAGGGUGAUGGACGUCGCGAGGAGGGUGUGCGCGGAAACGGGUUCCGAUUUGCUGGGCAAAUCGGCACCCUCGGGAAAGUGGAAUCGUCAGCUAGCAAUGAGGCCACCGUUACGGCCAAGAUCGGAGAGAUGAUUGUAACCAGGACGGAUGAUUCCGCUCACAUUUCAUAGAGAUAUUUUUUUUUUUAUCUAAUUUGGAGAACAAAACGGAGUUACACUGUUAAGGUAAAACGACACGCGAUAGAAUCUUCUCUCGGAAGACAGCAAGGUGCAAAGGCGGCCAUGAAAGGAAGAGCGAAAAGAUUUGGAAGCUUUUUUACUGCAAUAAAUCGAUAAGUAGAUGGAAACUAGGCUAAACUCACGUUUGAAGACUUGAUUGUUUUUAUUUCCUGCAUGUACGCAACAAAUAAGGAUCUACCGAAAAAUCGAACUAAAAUAGCUAAAUAUCAAAUCAAAUUUGUAACAUCUAUUUAGGAUUUUUUUUAUCCAUCUCUAAGAAAUACUAUUCGAAUAUCUCACAAAUCGAAAAACAAAUGAUUUUUAUUUUAUAUUUUCCUUUCGCUUUCGAUUGCCGAUUGUUAGCUGACGUUAGCGUGAGAGCAUAAACACGAAUCAUAUAUAUAAAUAUAUAUUAUUAAUAAAAUGUGGAAGGAUGUAGUGAUGCUCGCGAGACACAUCGCUUUGUACAUAUUUGAAAUAAGCAAAAAACGAAAGCAAGAGACGUUAAGAAGUUAAAACAAUUAGAUCUAAAUAAAAAAACAAAUCUAACUGAUUAAAAUAGUGAAUAAAAAAAAAAGAAAAACAAAAAAUGACAGAUAUGAGUAAUGAUGAGACGGCAGGAGAGAUCAAAAAGAUAUCUGUAAGUGAAAUUAUGUAGUGAUCUUUAUUAUGAUUGACAAGAAAUAGACUAAAGGAGGAAAAUCGAGAAAAAUAUUGUUAACAAUCUGGAACCCUCUUGAACAAACAAAAAACACAACCACACACCGACAUGGACACAAAAGAAAAUAGGAACAAUAACAAUAAUGAAACAGUAAAUAAUUAACGGCAGCAGUAUGUUAUGUGUGUGAAGCAAAAAAAAACAAUAAACAGAGCAAUUUUUCAACAAUUCCAA